AUUUUCUAGAAGAAAUUAGUGUAGUCUUAUAUCCUUCAUAGUCUAUAGUGUUGUUGUGCAAUUAAAACUUUGUUUUAAUUCUUGUUGCAAGCUAACAAUUUAUUAAACUUUAGGGUGGCGUGUAAAACAUCACAUCACUAGCAAUGGAAUCUAAAACUUUAAUAUCCCCAACACCUAGUGCAAUCAGUCAAAUGUAUAGCGAGUUGGGUACAACUGAGACAAAAGUGGAUCUUGACGUGAAAUUUCUGAAGGAGUGGAUGCGAAAACAGCCUCACCUUCCGAACCCAGACGACUGUGAAAAGAUAAUUGAUGAAAAGCGAAUCAAAAUGUUUCUGUUGAUGUGUAAGAAUAGUUUGGAGAAAACCAAAACAAUGUUGGACCAGCAUUACACUAUCAAAAAUUCAAUACCAGAAUACUAUUCCGACUGGGAUCCGACUUCACCAGAGAUAAUUAAUGCAAUGAAACUAUAUUCUAUCGCUCCAUUACCAAACCCUACACACGAGGGCCACAGAGUAGGUCUAUAUUGUGCAAGGACUAAAGAAGACGAUACAUUUGUAUUUAAUGAUUUGGCUAAAUUAAGUUUGAUGUCAAUGGAUCUCAGAAUGGCAAAGUUAGACACUUUUAAAAAGAUUGUAUACAUAUUUGAUUUGAACUAUUUUUCAAUGAAUCUCGUAACUGAAAUGUUAUCGAAUAUUAAGAAGUUUCUUGGUACUUCAUCGGCGGCAUAUCCAACGCGUAUACACGAAGUUCACAUAGUUAAUAUGAAAAGUUACAUACAGCCACUAGUUAACAUAAUAAUGAGUGUUACGAAAAACAAAUUUUCUCACAGGUUAAUUAUUCACAAAUCCGUCGACGACUUGAAAAACAGCAUCGAUCCCAGUAUUCUUCCCCUCAAUUACGGAGGAACUUAUCCCAAGACGUCUAACGAAAUAAUAGAUGACUGGUAUGAUGAAUUGGUCAAGCAUCGAGAAUGGCUAAUGACACAAUCGACUAUUGUUGCAGAUGAUAGUAAACGCCCAAAAAAUUCCAAAAAUAACUUGGUUAAUUUUGAAAACGCCAUGGAAGGUUCAUUUAGGAAAUUAGGAGUCGAUUAGAGAAACAUCAUGCAAUUAUAACAUUGCAUUAAAGUACAUCAUACAAUAUGAUGUUAUCUUGGCAAAAAUAUUUUUGAUAAUAUUAAGUAUUUAAAUUUAAAUUUUCUGGUUGAAAAGUAUUUUGUUUCUCUUAGUAUUAUGUGGUGUACAAGAUUAUGUAGUUUACAGCUAAUUUGUUUAGUUGUGUUGUAAUAUAAAUGUGAAAAACUAUGUUACUUUUUUGAAAUAUGUAUACCAAAUAGUGUAUGUAGCAUAUAAGAGUACUUCAUUUUCUGGUCGAAAAUUAUUAUGUUUUUCUGUAUGGUGAAUCAUACAUGAUGGUAUCUUAGCAAUUAUUAUAAAUAUGUUUGUGUUAUUGGGUAUUAAAAUUCAAAUUUCAUGGUUGAAA